CAUGCAUUUGAACAAGAUCUUGGUUGCCAACAGAGGUGAAAUACCUAUUCGUAUUUUCAGAACCGCGCACGAACUGUCUCUACACACCGUCGCUGUAUUUAGGUAAGCCAUCCACUGGCCCGAGCCCUGGAUAGCUCACUAGCAGCGGUGUCCGGCUAACCCCACCAGUUAUGAGGACCGUCUUAGCAUGCAUCGGCAAAAGGCCGACGAGGCCUAUGUUAUUGGAAAGCGUGGUCAAUAUACUCCAGUUGGCGCUUAUCUCGCCGGCGACGAGAUUAUCAAAAUUGCGCUGGAGCAUGGCGUUCAGAUGAUCCACCCUGGUUACGGGUUUCUGUCCGAAAAUGCUGUAUUUGCACGAAAUGUCGAGAAAGCCGGCUUGAUUUUUGUCGGCCCCUCGCCCGACGUCAUUGAUUCCCUCGGCGACAAGGUCUCGGCCCGCAAGCUCGCUAUCGCAGCCAAGGUUCCGGUUGUUCCCGGAACCCCGGGUGCUGUCGGCACAUUCGAAGAAGUCAAAAGCUUCACCGAUGAGUAUGGUUUCCCCAUCAUCAUCAAGGCCGCCUACGGUGGUGGUGGUCGAGGCAUGCGAGUAGUACGGGAGCAGUCAGAUCUAAAGGAAGCGUUUGAGCGAGCCACCUCUGAGGCAAAGACGGCCUUUGGAAAUGGCACGGUCUUUGUUGAACGCUUCCUAGACAAGCCAAAGCACAUCGAAGUCCAACUUCUCGGAGACAACCAUGGAAAUAUCGUCCACCUGUAUGAGCGCGACUGCUCGGUUCAGCGGAGGCACCAGAAAGUAGUGGAGAUUGCCCCGGCCAAGGACCUUCCCGCGGAAACCCGAGAUGCGAUUCUCGCCGAUGCUGUGAAGCUGGCCAAAUCCGUCAACUACCGAAAUGCCGGUACUGCGGAGUUCCUUGUGGAUCAGCAGAACCGCUACUACUUUAUCGAGAUCAACCCCCGUAUUCAAGUCGAACACACUAUUACCGAGGAGAUCACCGGAAUAGACAUCGUGGCCGCUCAAAUCCAGAUUGCUGCUGGCGCUUCUUUGCAGCAGCUUGGUCUGACCCAAGACCGGAUCUCUACCCGGGGUUUUGCCAUCCAGUGUCGAAUCACUACCGAGGAUCCUGCUAAGCAAUUCCAGCCUGACACUGGCAAGAUUGAAGUGUACCGAUCUGCUGGUGGAAAUGGUGUUCGUCUCGAUGGUGGUAACGGAUUCGCCGGUGCGGUAAUCACCCCCUACUACGAUUCUAUGUUGGUGAAGUGUACCUGCCAUGGCUCCACCUACGAGAUUGCUCGUCGUAAAGUCCUCCGAGCUCUAAUUGAGUUCCGUGUCCGUGGCGUGAAGACCAACAUUCCUUUCCUCGCUUCUCUACUCACUCACCCAACAUUCAUUGAUGGUAAUUGCUGGACUACCUUCAUUGACGAUACUCCGCAACUAUUUGACCUCGUUGGCAGCCAAAACCGUGCCCAGAAACUGCUUGCCUACCUUGGUGAUGUUGCCGUGAACGGAAGCAGCAUCAAGGGUCAAAUUGGUGAGCCUAAGUUCAAGGGUGAAUUUAUCCUACCAGACCUUUUGAAUGAAGAUGGCUCCAAGAUUGAUGUAUCACAACCAUCCACCAAGGGAUGGCGCCAAAUUCUUUUGGAACAAGGUCCCAAGGGCUUCGCUAAGGCCGUCCGUCAAUACAAGGGCUGCCUGCUUAUGGACACCACCUGGCGUGACGCCCAUCAGUCGCUGCUCGCUACCCGUGUGCGAACCGUUGAUCUCCUAGGCAUUGCCAAGGAGACCAGCCACGCUUUGAGCAACUUGUACAGUCUAGAGUGCUGGGGUGGUGCUACCUUCGAUGUCGCAUAUCGAUUCCUCUAUGAGGAUCCAUGGGACCGACUUCGUAAAAUGCGCAAGGCGGUUCCCAAUAUUCCCUUCCAGAUGCUUCUUCGCGGAGCUAACGGUGUUGCGUACGCUUCUCUCCCAGACAAUGCCAUUGAGCACUUUGUUGAGCAUGCAAAGAAGAAUGGUGUCGACAUUUUCCGAGUUUUCGACGCGCUGAACGACAUAAACCAGCUCGAAGUUGGUAUUAAAGCUGUGCAAAAGGCUGGUGGUGUUGCUGAAGGAACUGUCUGCAUUUCCGGAGACAUGCUCAACCCCAAGAAGAAGUACAACCUGGAGUAUUACUUGGAUCUUGUUGAUAAACUGGUUGCUCUUGAUAUCGAUGUUCUUGGUCUCAAAGAUAUGGCUGGUGUUUUGAAACCACAUGCGGCUACCCUGUUGGUUGGAUCCAUUCGCAAGAAGUACCCUGACCUUCCUAUCCACGUUCAUACCCACGAUUCCGCAGGUACUGGUGUUGCGUCUAUGGUUGCUUGCGCCAAGGCAGGUGCAGAUGCUGUUGACGCUGCUACCGAUAGUCUGUCCGGAAUGACAUCGCAACCUAGCAUUAACGCUAUACUGGCAUCGCUUGAAGGCAGCGACCUGGAUCCCGGCUUGAACCCGGCCCAUGUUCGUGCUCUAGACACCUACUGGUCUCAGCUGCGUCUUCUCUAUUCACCAUUCGAGGCUCACCUAGCUGGCCCUGACCCGGAGGUGUACGAACAUGAGAUUCCUGGUGGCCAGCUCACGAACAUGAUGUUCCAAGCCUCUCAACUAGGUUUAGGUUCACAGUGGGCCGAGACCAAGAAGGCAUACGAACAUGCUAAUGACCUUCUUGGUGACAUCGUUAAGGUCACUCCUACAUCCAAGGUUGUCGGUGAUCUUGCUCAAUUCAUGGUGUCCAAUAAACUGUCCCCUGAGGAUGUAGUCAACCGCGCUGGCGAACUUGAUUUCCCUGGGUCAGUGCUUGAAUUCCUUGAAGGUAUGAUGGGUCAACCUUACGGUGGCUUCCCUGAGCCGCUGCGCAGCAGAGCGCUCCGAAACCGCCGCAAGUUCGAUAAGCGACCUGGUCUGUACCUCGACCCUGUUGACUUCAAGAAGGUUCGAUCAGAGCUUAACCAGAAGUGGGGUCAUGUGACCGAGUGUGACGUUGCUUCUCACUUGAUGUAUCCCAAAGUAUUCGAUGACUACAGGAAGUUUAUCCAGAAAUAUGGCGAUCUAUCCGUCCUACCCACCCGAUACUUUCUCUCCGCCCCCAAGAUUGGUGAGGAGUUUCAUGUCGAGCUCGAAAAGGGCAAGGUCCUCAUCCUGAAGCUCCUGGCGGUCGGGCCAUUGUCGGAGAACACCGGUCAGCGUGAGGUGUUCUAUGAGAUGAAUGGCGAGGUUCGCCAGGUCACUGUCGAUGACAACAAGGCCAGCGUUGAGAAUGUCAGCAGGCCGAAGGCCGACCCUGGCGAUUCAAGCCAGGUCGGUGCCCCUAUGGCUGGUGUGCUCGUUGAAUUACGAGUACACGAAGGCUCAGAUGUCAAGAAGGGCGAUCCUCUCGCAGUCCUCAGUGCUAUGAAGAUGGAAAUGGUCAUCUCCGCGCCUCACAAUGGCAAGGUUAACGGGCUGCAGGUCAAGGAGGGCGAUUCUGUCGACGGCUCAGACCUUGUAUGCAAGAUUACCAAAUCUUAAAAGGACAAAGAAACAUGGGCUUACAGUUAUUGGGCCGGCGUUUUCGGCGGUGGGCGAUCUUCGAUGAGGCUGAGACUUUCCAGAAAGUUAGUCUAUCUUGGGAAUAAGAACUCUGAUAAGACGAUUUUGGGCGUAGCCUUUCCUCCUUUUCAUAGUAUGUAUUACGCAGAGAAAAGACAAUAAAAAAUGGUUUAGCUGUCUCGAAAUGUAAUUACCCAGUCACAUGCAUACUAGAAAUAAAAGCACCGCUUUUCGUGUA